AUGCUCAACCACGUUGUGAGCAUAAAUGCUGAAUACAUUUGGAAAGCAAAUCGGCUGAUGAUACCUACUGGACAUAGGAUACCAAUCGAAGAGAGUCCUUUCGAUUUGAGACAACCACGGUUAUUGAAACAAGUGAUUGCUAAAAACCCCGAUAUGGUAGGUUUCGACCACAACUAUUGCAUCACCAAAGGAGAGUACCAACAGGAUUCUUUCAUUGCAAGGGUGUUACAUCCAGCAAGUGGAAGGAUUUUGGAGUUGUAUUCGAACCAGCCUACUGUUCAGUUUUAUACUGGUAACAAGUUGCCUGUAGCUCCUGAAAAUUACAAGGGUGAUCCAAAAAAACUGGAUACUCUGGUUGGAAAAAGCCUCAAGAAUUACAACAAACAUGGUGGGUUUUGUCUCAGCCCUCAGUUUUACCCAGAUGCUCCUAAUCAUAAAGAUAGAGUUCCACAUUUCCUUCUCAAUCCAGGAGAUAUUUAUUAUAAUACUAUGCGUUAUAAAUUCUUCAUACAAAAAUAAACGAGUGGUUUAUCAAAUCACAAAAGGAUCAAGAAGUACAAAGGCGUCAAUUAUCAGUGUUAAUUUGUAAAUUUGUUGAAUUAUAUUCAUUAAAAGUUCUAUUUUGACUA